AUGUAUGUUUAUAAAUUUUUCUUGUAUCAGCUAUAUAAAAGCGUAGAGAACCUAGAUCUUCAGAAUAAUAAUAUUACUGAGAAGGGAACUAAUUAUUUAUUGGCAAGAGCAGAAUAUCUAGAAAUAAAGUAUCUUAAUUUGAAAGCAAAUAAAUUUGGCGUUCAAGCAUCGAAAAAUGUGGCAGCGUAUUUAUUAAAAAAUAAACAUAUAGUUGCUUUGAAUGUUGCCGAGGUAGACCAGUCUGCCAGCAGUUUAAUAUAUUUUGUAAUGGGUUUGAGUUCAGAACAAGAAGUUUCUAAUAAUACUUUAAGAGAUUUGGAUAUCAGUAGACCGAAUCCAGGAUUCAUGUAUUACUUUGAUUCCGUUCAUUUUGCCAAUGUUAUUGGUCAUAUGCUCAAAAACAAUACCUGUCUGAGGGCAUUGCAUCUGCAGAAAUACAACUUCAGUUGUCAUGAUAUUGAAAACAUGAUGUCCAAUGCAAAGUACAAUAAUACAUUGUACUUGCUAGAUCUGGGCAAUAAUAAUAUAGGCGAUCACGGAGUUGAACAUAUUACCAGCUGGUUGAUAAAACGACCGGCUUUGAAGACGCUCAUCUUGUGUAGGAACAUUAUAACGGACCAUGGUGCAAGAAGUUUAAGCUUCACCCUUCCAUUUUCAAAAAUUCUGGUCCUUGAUAUCUCUUACAAUAAAAUGACCGAUAAUGGCAUAGUAGAUAUCUUAAAUACCUUGAAGAAGAGUCCUUUGUUGCGACAGUUACGAAUAUUUGGCAAUUGUAUAGGCCAUCCAGCUGCAAAAAUCAUCAAACGCAUGUUGACGUUCCAAGUCCUAGAACAAGAGAACAUUGAUGUUAGACCAUACAGAGUCGAUCACAAGUGGUACUUUGCAAGAUACGAAGGAAGUAGAUGCAAAAAUGAAUAUCAUGAUAUUCCAUAUGGCCUCCAUUUCAACGUGCCACGACCUCCGACUAAAAUAAAUCGUCCAAAUAUGAAAUAUUAUAAAUAUACAUACACAAAAACGACUGAACUUAAAGUGCAACAUUCGAUUAUAACUAUCAUUUCAAGAAUAUUAAGCAGACAACACGUUCAAGAUUGUAAAUGUUGUUACUGUAUAAAAUGUGAAGCUCCACAUUUUGAUGAGUUGUGCAGAGAUGCUAACCAUCCAGAAGAUUGCACUUGCUGCAAAUGCAAAGCAGAUAGUGAGAUUUCGAUAGAUAAAUCAAUCAUAGACAGACUCGUACCUGUUAUUGAUGUUAUGAAGAGUAUCUCGUAUAUUUUGAAACGAGUGAAUUGUGAAGUUCAAGAUAAGAUCGUGCGGUGGGUUAAUAUUAAUGAAGACAUAUUGGAAGAGGACUUGGAAGCUAUCGCUUGUAACAGAGAAGAUGUGAAAAGUUCUUUCGAAGACACUGUUUUGUGUAACACCUCUUGGGUACAGCUGAAUAUGCCUACUCUGCAAAAAUAUUUGCAAAAAACUUCAUCAAAGAAUGUACUCAUUAUACCUAAAAACUAUCUUGUAUAUUCAAAUAGUGCUGAUGAAAUGUCUUCUCUACAAUAUUGUCCAAAUAAGAGUAUGUAAGUUUCCGGAGAGGUAAGGGCAGCAAAUUGUAUCUAUGGAUUCUUUUUAAAGUAUUUUUUUAUUAUAAACCAUUUCUAGUUACUUAUUUUUAUACCAGUACAAACUGAAGGUUUGUAAUAUAAAAAAAUAUAAAACCGAACGAA